AUGUCGGUGAAAGGAAUGAUCAAAGCUGGAUGCAGCGGCGACAGCAGCGACGAUGGCGGCGGCGGCGGCGGCGGCAGCAAGGACGUCAGCGGGGCCGAGACGGCGGGCGUCGGCAGAGGCGGCGUGGCGGUGGCAGCGGGCGGCGAUCGGCGAGCACCGGCAAGCGGUGCUAAUGAAAAUUUAAAUGACCCGCACCCCGCGCCCCCCGCCCUGAGACCCGCAACCUGCACAGCCUUCACAUAUAAAAUGCACCUACAUAUACUACAUAUCUCAUUUACCCUGUUGGUGAACGGACACCGCGUGUGUCAGCAACGAGGUCCGGGUCCUUGCUCGGCCCGUUUCGAUGUAAUCAAUCAAAAAAGAAAGUCUGUAAAGGAGUCAUUCGGCCACCGAGCACUGUGUUAUCGACGCAGGUGCAGGUGGCCGCACCGCGAUACAUAUCGCAUCACCGCCCGCCCGCAAUUUCGCGUAAAAUUGGCAGCGUGUGUCGGGCGGGCGGCGGUAGCGGCGAGGAGCGUCGCUCCCGAAAUAGUGUUCGGGCGCGGUCGUGUGCUCUCGGAAGCGGCGCCCCAGUCGCCGUGUGGCCGCGCGCGCGCACCCGCGUCGCUUCGCCAGCCGCCUCGACGCCAUCGCACAUACAAAUACCUGGGUGACGAAGCGAGCUCGUCUCUGCACGAGUCAACGGUGCGCGUAUUUCGGUCGCGAGAGGGCCCCGGGCCGCGUCGGGCGCGCUGCCCGCGCGCUGGCCGCCGUGCUCUGGUGGUGGUGCGUGGCGCUGCUGCGGCUGGUCGCGCUCUGCGCUCCCCCGGCCCGUCCGGCGUCGGCGCGCCGCCGCCGUGCUACGCCCGCGCCGCAGAAGAUGCGACGUCGGAGGCUGCUCGCGCGAGCGCGCCCUCGAACACCACCGAGCCACCGCCGCCGACGCCGACGCCCGCGGCCGAUCCGCCCGCACACAUCGAAUGGUGGUGGGCGGGCGUAUGCGUGGGCGCUGCAGUACUGUUGUGCGCGGCUGCGGGCGCACUGGCCCGCCCGCACUUGCGCCGCCGGUUCGCCGCCGCUACGGCCGUCACCGCCAACCCCAUGCUCUCGGUUCAAGUGCCGGGGUGCGCGGGCAUGGAGCGGCUGGGCGCGCCGGGGGGACCGCGCCUACGGCACGAUCACAGGCAUCACCAUUCCACGGAAUGGGAGAAGCAGCAAAGGCUGCAAGCUAUGGUUGGUCGCCUUCAAGAGAUGGUGGAGCAGGAAACGCGCGCGCGCUCUGCAGCUGUUGCCGAACGGCUCGCGCUGCCUCCGAGCAUACAGCUGCCAGACGGCGAGUAUGGCCAAGACGCACAUUUACAAUUACGUGUCCCUUAUCAGCAAGCCGAGCUGACGAGAAGCAGCUUUCAGCCUCCACCGAACAAGUGCGUGAGCGACGUGCCCGAAUGGGCGGGAGCAGAGACGCCAGCGGUGCGGCGUGGCGGUGGCGGCGGCGGCGGUGGUGGCGGCGGUGGAGGUGGCAAGAAAGACGGGCUACUACAGAAAGCGACUCGCUGGUGGGUGCGCAUGGGCGCGCGGCCGACGCCGCCGUUCCUCCCGACAAACGCGCCGCCGCCCUGCGUCAUGGUGCCGCGGCGCGGCACUGCCUCGCCGCCGCCGCCGCCGCCGCCUCCGCCUCCGCCGCUGCCCCCGCCGCCGCCCGACGCGUGACCAAGCCGCGCCGCGCCACCUCUCUACCAUAUCACGCUUACAUUCCAUUAUCGGGACGAUCACACGAGCCGGGGUGCCCGCGCGUCUCGGAGUAUUAUAGACUUGGUAUUUAUUUAUUCGGGAGCGUUGCCGGGCGCUC